UCGUAGACGACAAAUUAAACUUUCAUUCAAAAAAUUUAUCUGAUAAUAAUACAACUAACUUAUGAUGCUGUUGUCACGAAGAUUGUCAUAGAAAGAGAAAAGAAGAAUUGCUUCAGAAAAGCAAUGCAUGUGAAAAAAUAAAGAGCGUUGUACGUACUUCAAUAUUGGAACGAGAUAUCAACGUAUUCAUUUACCAAGAUUGGUAAGUUUCACGAUGGCGAUGGCGCGAAACGGUAACGGAGAUCUUCAGGAUAAAACGAAAAGGGAACUCGAUUCGCCUCUUCCUCAGAGCGUAGAGCAAUUGACUGCGGAAGAAUUGGCACCGGAUGGAGGCUGGGGUUGGGUGGUUGCCGGAGGGACUGUCAUAUCAUACAUAGUUUGUCUCUGUCCGAUUACAUCGAUUGGAUUAGUAUACCAGGACUUUUUAGAAACGACCGGAAAUGAUGGAUCAGCCCUGACUUUGAUGAACGCCAUGUUUAUGCUUAGUUUUUCAUUUGCUGGUCUCUUCUGCAACGAGCUUCUCAAGAGGUACAACGUUAAGCACGUGGCUGUGUUCGGUUCCAUGAUUUUUUCAAUUGCAAAUUUCUUCACAAUUUUUACCCCGAACGUACCAUACCUGGCAGCUUGCUAUUUUAUGCAAGGGAUAGGAGUUGGCGUGGUUCUCACCAUCGUUAACACCAGCAUGAACGCAUACUUUGUUAAGCGUAGGGCAUUGGUGAUGAUUGUGCAGCAAGUGGCUGUCGGUUUUGGCGCAAUCUUUUAUCCAUUCUUAAUCGAGUACUUUUCAAGAAGUUAUGGUUUUCGGGGAUGCUUGGCUUUACUCGCUGGACUGAGCUUCCACUCAAAUAUUGGAAUGGUCACGAUAAGUCCAGUGGAAAACCACUUCAAGAAGCCAAAAGUAAUUAGGCAUAAGCCCGGCGAAAAUAUUGGCUAUGUAAUGAACUUUGAAUCCAGUGGUAACAAUGGCAUUUUAAUUGAGGGGGAAAAAGUAAUUCCAAUCGAAAGGAAAUAUCUGAACGAUGAACAAGGCUGGAAGAAAAAUAAAAGCGUUCCGAGCCUCAACGUCGAACUGGAGAACGAGAAGCCGCUAUUGAUCGAUCGCUUGAAGGAAUCUCGUCGAUCUCAGGAUCACGUCGGUUUCAUUUAUGACAUCGAGAAUGGAUGUCACUCGAGGAAGAGCAAGGGGUCAGUUCUGGACAUGGUGUCGAAUCAAAUACCCAUGAUGACGGCCACAAGUGUGUCCAGCAUGCCGGGUGUCGGGGCGUUUGGUGAUGUGGGUCAUCCGGUCGCCGAUGUGGAAAAGAAGGAUGAAUCUAUGGAGAAAAAGACGAUACUGUCGAUUUUGGGAGACUUCUUCGAGGUGUCGUUACUGCGCGACUAUUCCUUCGUUAAUAUAUGUCUUGGGAUCAGCUUGGUUUUCGUCAGUGAUAUGACGUUCACUGGAUUUGUUCCAAUGAUAAUGGCCAACGGUGGAUACAACCAGCAAAACACUGCUCUAGCCCUUACUACAAUCGCGAUAGCUGAGGUGGUCUCCAGAAUUGUACUCGUCGUCUUCGCUAUGUUCUUCAAGGUCAAAGCCAGGAAUCUAGUCCUUGGAGCGGUCUAUGCUCUGUUCUGUAGUCGAAUAGCGUUUUUAUACUGCACCUCCCUGACUGGCAUCAUCGUCGUGAUGUCAUUCACUGGACUCGCACGAUCCUGGUUUUUAGUACCUCAGGCACUAGUUCUCGCCGAGCAUUUCUGCAUCGAGAAAUUCCCCGCAGCCUAUGGACUCUUCACAGUCAUCAAUGGAUGCAUUGGGGUUGUCGUUUCUCCAGCGACAGGGCUCGUGAAGGAUUGGACGGGCAGCUAUGUUAUUGCACAAUACAUGCUUAUGGGGGUAAUGGCACUCUGCAUCGUAGCUUGGACGAUCGCUUUGGUUCACAAAUAUGUUCUCAAACAGAAAAAAGCUGGAACAGCGACCGAGCGUUGACCCUCGUUAAUUUUAGCUUAACCACCAUG